AUGGUUCCGGGUCAACGUGAAAAGUGCUUAUUACUGCCACAAAGGAGUCAUCACAAGCGCGACAUCACGGAUAUAUAUUCCUCAACUGACUUGGAAACAGCAGAGGUUGGCAAUAGUGAUAUGGAUUGUAGUGAUGAAGAGCUGGAGUAUAAGAGGACAUCGCAGCAGUAUUAUGGAAAGCACGAGUUUUCCUUCAUUCAAAUAAUGAUGUCGGGAUUGCGUUGGCGAAAACGUGCUGUAAUACGUAUAAUAUGUUGUACAAUGAUAUUACUUUUAAUGUUAAUGUCAUUCUACAUGCCACUUAUUCCGAACAUGCACACACGACAUACUGCACUACCGGAUUGGGGCUUCAAUACGUCCAGGAAUUUAGCUGAUUAUGUGCUACCUGAUAACAACACAGUGAUUCUGGAACCUCAGCAUGUGUGUCAAAAUAAGUUGUUUCUACUGGUUGUUGUUUGUUCAAGUAUACAGAACUUUGCCAUAAGACAAGUCAUACGUGAAACAUGGGGCAACACAUCUCACUUCAAUAUUGGCAUGUUUGCGAAACUACAUAAGCGUUUUGAAGGUCAAUACUUGGAACCGUCGCCAGAACGUUUACAAUACUAUAGCAAAUUCCUAAAUCUGUCAACAAAUGACACACGUACUAUUCCUGUUGUGAUACCGGUAAAAGUUUACUUUAUGUUGGGUCGUCAUGGACCCAAUGCUGAUCCGUCAAAUGAAACAUCAUCACUUAUACGCUCAGAGUUCGAACAAUACGGCGAUAUUAUACAAGAAAAUUUCAUCGAUACUUAUAACAAUUUGACCCUCAAAUCAGUGCUUGCUCUAAAAUGGAUGACUCAACGUUGCGCACGGCGAUCGGCAUUCUUUAUGAAAGUGGACGAUGAUACUUUCCUAAAUGUGCCAAAUCUUCUGCACUACCUAUUAGGUGGCACGAUACCGCUCUACAACGAUACUUUGGAUUUGUAUGACACAAACACAUACCAUGUGUUAUUACCACGAAAUCGCUUCAACAUUACCAGAAAUUACCUGGGAGGUCAUUUAUUUUGUUCCUCACGACCAGUGUCGUUGGUUAGCAAUAAAUGGUAUAUGCCAUACUACAUGUUUCCGGGCGAUAAAUAUCCAAAAUACUUGAGCGGCUCGGCAUAUGUUAUGUCUGCCGACGUGGUACCACGAUUAUACCAAGCCGCUCUAAAUACCACCUUCAUACACAUCGAAGAUGUCUACUUAACAGGCAUAUGCGCAGAAAAAAUUCGCCUACCCCGUCGUCACAAUGCACUAUUUAGUUAUACUCGUGCCAGGGACUGGUGCAGUUUUCGUGGAAGCAUCUCGCAGCAUGAAGUGAAAGAUGAGAGUAUGUUGGAUGCCUAUUUAUAUGUGACCAAUACGAGCUUGUAUUGCGCGCCUCCUGCUAAAUAUAUGAAUAAGCGCUUGCAUAAGCAAAUCGGCUGUGUUUGAGUAUAUGAAAAUUGAGACUGUCGUGCGAAUGUUAUAUUUAUGUAUAUUUCGAUUAUUGUCGUAUUUUAAUGUUCUUUAGUUAUUUGAUUUUUAUUUUGUGUUUCGUUUUGUUUUCAUAUUUUGCACCACCGUUAAGAAUGUGCUUCGCAUUAGAUUAAGUUGAAGAAAAAGUACGCACUAAUAUGCACGUGUACAUAUGUAUAUACAUAUAUAAAAGUUAUUCUAUAUUCAUAAGUAUUUGAAAGCUACAGAUGAUUUAAAAAAUAUUUUAAAUUUCCACUUAACCGCAUUAUAUGCAACCUGCUCCACAACCAUUUCGCACAAGUUAAUCAAGUAAGCAAAGAAAUAGUCCAAAUACAAGAACAAUAUCAGUAUGUUAUUUUAAUUACUUAUGCAUGUAGCUGUGUACGUCCCUAAUCAAAUCUACAUAUGUAAGUCCCAAUACACGAUUAGGCAAUAAUAGUUUUAACAUAAUUCAAGUUUUUACUAAAGUUUACCAAAUUAUUCUUAUGGAUUAAGCUAAAGUCUGUCCUUGUUUAACAAAGUCUGUCAUUUGUUGUAAACUGAAAGUUCUAUUCGUAAAA